CGAAUUCGACCUUACACUCACAAAAAUGACAGGGAAAACUCCUGGCAGAGACCGCAUCUCCUACCCUAUUAUAAAAAAUCUUCCCAGAGAGGCAAAAAACCGAGUAGUAGAUCUUUACAACAACAUUCUUGUUCAAGGUCAGCUUCCACACGCGUGAAAGAGCGCAAUUGUCCUACCAAUCCCCAAACCCCAGCAAUGCGGCUCUAGUGUGUUAGGCUAUAGACCCAUCUCCCUUCUCCCCUGCUUAAGCAAAACACUGGAAAAAAUUGUCGCCAAGCGCAUUAUGUGGUUUGCAGCUUCUAAAGGUCUCAUGUACCCACAUCAGGUGGCAUUUAAAGACGGUCAAGGCACAACGGACGCAUUACUGUAUUUUGAACAUUUCGCGACGACAGCACUGGCGACAAAAAAUCACGUAUCUACACUAAGCCUUGAUUUUGAAAAGGCGUACGACGGGAUAGGCGCUCAUGUGGUGCUGCAACAACUGACUAAAUGGCAAAUUGGCCCUAAAAUUUUCAACUUUGUGAAAUCAUUUUUAUCCAACCGCACGUUUUCUGUUAGGUUAAAUAACAAAUUCUCAAACACCUACAAACUUUUUAACGGAACACCACAAGGUUCACCUUUGUCAGUGGUUCUAUUCAUCAUUGCUUUUGAUGAAGUUAACAACAUUCUUCAAAACCAUAAGAGAAUCUCUCAUGUAAUAUACGCGGACGAUGUCUUAGUUUUUACCAAAUGUAAAGAUUUAACGGUGAUAGAAGGCGAUUUCUUGCAGAUACUAUAUAAAAUCACAGAAUGGUCAAAUACCUCAGGGGCCAAACUGUCGUACAAUAAAUGCAAAAUUUUUCAUAUCUGCAACAAAAGGCUUUGUCCUCCAUUAAAUCUAUCAUACAAUAAUGUAAAUAUCCCUAAUUGUCAUAGCUUAAGAAUUCUAACACGCUAAUAAAUGCAACGAAAGCCCUAAUGCUGUCAAAAAUGGACUAUGGGCUGGCCAUUUACGGGUACUGUGCUCGGAGCAACCUGAGCCGCAUCCUACAGCCAUAUCAUUCUGCGGCCAGAAUAUGUAUACGCGCUUUUCCAACAUCUCCAGUGAAAUGCACUCUGACUGAAACAGGUCUUCCGUCAUUGGAAGAGAGAACCCAAUAUAAUACGCUUAAAUUAAUACCAAAACUCAUGCAGUCCAAUAACGUAAUCCUGCACAAAGCUAUCAAAGCAGUAACAAAAAGGAUGAAAACAUCGAACCGUCAAUCAACCAUAAUAAGAUGCAUCAAUACAGCGGCCGAAUUAGGUAUUGAUUUCACGCCUUUCAAACCUAACAUCAACCGUCCUCCACCAUGGUUCAAUUUUCGUAGGAUUAUGAUACUCAACCUGA